ACACAGACAUUGGACAACUUUAGGACAGGAACACUGACCUUCCGUGGGAUUGCUUAAGGCAUUAACCCAAAAUUUGGAUAAAUAUUUCAAGACUCUUGGCUGAGAAGGAGCCUGCCUAGCUCAAUUAGGAAGUUGGAGACACCUGGUGCAUUUGGGCGCCACAGGUUCGCUGUGCAGCUUGGGAGUUAGGAAAGUGGGCGGGAAAAGGGAGAGGGUGAACACACAGCCAUCGCCUGAAAGGCAUAUAUAUAACUGGAGAGUUCAGGAAUCGAAGAUCCAAGUCUAAGAGACCUGCUCAUCCUCUCGCUACCCCUUCCCUCGUGCUCCACACGGAGAGAGCAGGACUAACAGCCUCAGAAUUCUCAGAAAGCCAAAGAUUUCUUUUUUUAACUGCCUUCAGCAGUGAGCACAAAGCCACAUUUCAAAGGAGACUGACAAAUUGUCCCCAGCUGCCAGAAGGAGAAUCCCUUCCUGGACGCUUUCCUGUCUCCAGUGAGUUGUCACCCAACCCUGCUGCAAGAAUGAAACUCAUCAAGUUCCUCGGAGGUGUGGUCUUCUUCACCCUCAUGUUCUCUGGCUACUCUGAGCAAAACCAAGUGAAUGUGCUGUGCUCAACAGAUUGGUUCAUGGUCACCGUCCAUCCCUUCUUGCUGAAUAAUGAUGUGUUCGUUCACUUUUAUGAGGUGCACUUGGGCCUUGGCUGUCCUCCUAAUCAUAUUCACCCACAUUUCUACCAGUUCAACUACCGAGUUACCGAAUGUGGCAUCCGCAUCAAGGCCGUCUCUCCAGAUGUCGUUAUCUACAGCUCUGAGAUUCACUAUGCUUCCAAGGUCACAUCUGCGAGAUAUGUGAUUCCUGUGUCCUGUGCUGCUCCUCGCCGGUCCCCUUGGCUCACUAAGCCCUACUCCGCGAAAGCACCUAGCAGUAACAUGGGCGCAACCCCGAAGAAUGAUACUUCCUACCACGUGUUCACCUUGCCAGAGCCUAGCCAACAGCCCAACUGCAGCUGCCCGCCUUAUGUCGUCAAUCAGAAGAGCAUGUAAACCCCACAUCAUGGGACAGAGUCUUUGGAGGUCCAUCUUGUGUAGUCAUCUGACUGUGCAAAUAUUUCUGGGGACUAGUGUGUUCACUCAGAUGAUCUGAGGAAACCCAUAUAGUGCCCAGAUUUGAGGGCUUCUGAAAAUUCUGUUUCUAAGAAUUAGUAUGCAGUAUUUUUUACUCUCAGCCAAAUAAAUGCCAUUACAGCUCUUUUAGGGGAGUUUUGGAAAGGGGCGAUUCAUAUAUAGCUGAUUGUAACUUUUUUUAACUAUUUUUGUAUCUUUUAAAACAAUAAUAAAGUUUUGAUUGGCAUUGAA